GAAGUAAUAUUUGCCAUUGACCAGGUAGCCAGCAAAAGUGAUAAAUCAAUACUAGGACGUUAUGGCAAUACUACUAUUUUGACCGUUUUAAUAGCCAAAGAAUUAACCAAAAAUAUUAAUUCUUUUUUUCCGUUAACUAUUGCCGUAGAAGAAAAAUUUUACGCGGUAGGUCGUAUUCCGGCCGGGUUUAACAAACGUGAAGGAAAAUCUAGUUACGAUGCUGUUAUUAUUGCCCGCUUGAUUGACCGUUCUUUACGAAGUUUUUUUCCCUUGGGAGCCCACCAAGAAGUGCAAAUAAUUAAUCAUAUUCUUUCUGUUGACCCGGCUUCCACAGUGAUUAGUAGCGAGUUUGCCGGCGAGUUAGUGGUUAGUGCUACCAAGGAAAAGAUUGUUAUGCUCGAAGUCGAAGCCCCCGAAACUACGGAAGAAGCUUUAAUUUCGGCAGUUGCGGCCGCACACCAAGAAAUUCGUUACUUAAUCGGCUUUUUUGAAUAUAUUGCUAAUAGUUUGAGAGUUAAGAAAAUUAAACCGGAAAUUACGGAGCCAAAACAAGCAAGCACGCAGCAAAACCCUUCGCAGAAAGAAGAAGAGAUAAUUGAGGAGUUGCAAAAAAUCACGGAUACUAAUUUAAAAAAAUUAAUGAGCGAGAUGCAAGUUUCUCAGCAACGGCGCCUUGAUGGCCGUAAUUUUGAUACUAUUCGUCCGCUGAAAAUUCAUCUGGAUUACUUAUCUGCGGUGCACGGCAGUGCUUUGUUUGCUCGCGGCAACACCGAAGUGCUGGCAGUAACCACCGUCGGGAAAACGAGUGAAAAACAAGUCGUAGAUAACAUCUUUUCUCGUUCCUACAAGCACUUUAUUCAUCAUUAUAAUUUUCCUAAUUUCGCGGUGAAUGAGUUGGCAGGUUAUCGUAAUGUUUCCCGUCGCGAAAUCGGGCACGGAGAACUAGUUGAAAAAACUUUUACUUACUUGGUUCCUCCGCUAACUUCUUUUCCUUAUACGGUGCGGGUAGUCUCCGAAGUUCUGGCUUCGGACGGUUCUUCUUCGCAAGCCGCGAUUUGUGCUACUUCUUUGGCCCUAAUGACUACCGGAGUCCCUUUAAUUAGACCGGCUGCUGGAAUAGCCCUGGGUCUUUUUGCUG